UCGAACACAGAACUACAAUAAAACAUCGUAUUUGUCGAGGAACCAACGGUAGUGACAAGGGACCACCAGCGCUUGAAGAGAUAACAUAAGAAAACACGCGUAUUCCGAGAUAAUAAAAUCAUCUCAUUGAAAUCAUGACACGGGAAAAGCUCUUUACCGUGUUGCUUCUCGGUCUUCUCGCGAUAGCUCUCAGUUUGCCUCAGCAGCAGAAAUCCAAGAGGCCCACUCCAGUAUUUAAGCAAUCUAAAACUGGUGGCUUGUUGCUUCCCGACAACGCAACGCUCAUUCGCGAGAAUAUCGUCGACACCUUUUCGUGCCAGGACAGAAUUUACGGUUAUUAUGCCGACAUGGAGAACGAGUGCCAAGUGUUUCACGUGUGUAUGCCGCAAACGAGGGGGUCAUUCAGAUGGAGCUUCAUUUGCCCCGGCGAGACAGUUUUCAACCAAGCAACAUUUGUAUGUACACAAACGGAAAGCUCGAUACCAUGCGAGGAAUCGGAAAAAUAUUAUGCUUUGAAUGAGGAUAUCGGAAAGGAGGUGGAAGAAGAAGAAGAGGCGGAUCAGGACCGAGGGAAGAAAAAUGCGACAAAGAUUUUGGAACCAGAAGUAGAAACGGUGUCGAAAAAGUCAUUCUCGAAAAAUUCGAGAUUGCUAAGUGAAGAGAGGUCCUUUCGACUUUAUUAAAAGAGAUAUAUUUUUUCCUAUUUAAAGGAAAUCGCUCUAUGAAAUGUAGUAAUUAUUAUGAUUAGCCAAUCUUGAUUAGAAGAAAUUUCAGCUUGUUUCGAUCAAGGUUGACUAAACGCUUAUUUAGAGUUUAAAGUAACCGUUUAUAGAUCGCUUAUAAACUUGCCUUGUAAAAGCCCUCAUAAUGACAAAUAGUACAUAAAACUAAAAUUUAAAUUAUUGUCACACGUACAAUGUACAAAAUAUGUUAUUUCAAUUAUACGAUGUGUAAAAUAAAUUUCUGUACAAUACAGUGAAAUAUGUGUUAAAAGAUAAGUUGUAAUUAUGUGUAAAAAUAUAUUGAACGUUCACACAUAUGUAAUUAUUUAUCGAGUAAAAUAAAAAACGCUAGGAAGAAGCUGAAAAUUUCUUUUAACUUGUUGUAUUCAUACACAUAUUCCAAAAGAAAGAUAAUGCACACAUUAUUAUUAAAGAAAGAUUUUAAACAUUGAGGUAAAAAUCAUGUAAAUCAUUUUUUAUGACUAAUAAUAUAAGUACAAGCGAAAUAUAUAUCUAAUACUGAUAGAUAAAGCGCAAAAAGGCCACGAUAUGAAAAGGAAAAACGUUACACGAUUGUCCCAAGCCUAAAAUACGUAAAAAAUCGUGACGCUAUAACUCGUAUACGUAUUAAAAACAAAUAAAAGAAAGAACUUAACUUAAAUAAGUAAUAUGUACAAAACAAGAAAAAAUGUUAUUAGCAACACUAUCUAUUUACAGUGAUUGAUAUGUAUCGAUAUUGGUCCUUUAUAAACUUAAUAACAAAACGACUAAAAAAAUAUAAAAAAUGCAUUAAAUGCAAUACGUUCUCUGUUGCGAUUAUAAGUUCCGCUAAUGUUAUAAUAUUACGUAGCUUUAGAGUAAUGAAACUUAAACUAGAGACACACAUGCACACAUAAGACAGCUAGAAAUAGAUCCAAAACCAUCAUCUGAUUCGUUAAUCAUCGUAAAAUUCUCAUGAAAUCGUACAAGUGUCGCGACGCUGGAAAUAUUAUCCACAUAUCUCGCGUUUCGUCGUUUUCUAUUUGAUAUCUUUGGAUAGCUAGCUAUCAUGCCUCGAAUAACCGAGACCUAUUUAACUUUUCGCAAUGCCGAUAAAAUAAUAAAACAAACAACAAUUAUACAGACACACAUAUUCAUAUAACAACGUUCUGAUGAUAAAUAUUUCUUUCAUCUUCGAAUUGGCAUCAAUUCGUAACAGAUAUAUAGAUUUAGUACA